UCUUAGGGGAAUUUCCGUACCAUCAAUAAAAUAUUAAUAUAUAUAAGUUAGACAAUUAAUCAACAAACUUGAAAGAUAUAUCAAUCCAAAAACAUAUACUAUGAAAAAUUCCAUUAUAAUUCUUUCUUUUUUCAUCUUCUCUUAUUCAUCCAUACUAACUCCAACAAAAUGCUCAACAAACCAAACAGAUUUACUUUCAUUGUUGGCCUUGAAAGAAGCCAUAAAUGCCGAUCCAAACGGCGCUCUAAACUCGUGGAAUCGAACGACAAACUUCUGCACGUGGAACGGAAUCGUAUGCGGUCAAAAGCAUGCGAAUCGAGUCGUCGCAAUAAACUUGAAUUCUCAAGGCUUGAUGGGAUCACUCUCACCUCAUAUAGGUAACCUCUCAUUCCUUAGGGAAAUCAAUCUCCAAAACAAUAGUUUCAGCGGCCGAAUUCCUCGAGAAUUCGGCCUUUUAAAACGACUCGAGUUUAUAGAAUUUAGCAACAACUCUUUCACUGGAAGAAUAAUGCCCGAAAAUAUUACCCAGUGGAAAAAUCUAGUUUACAUUAACUUGAUCGACAACAAUCUCUCCGGGCCCAUACCUCCUGAGCUUCGUUUUUUGGAGAAACUAGAAGCUCUAGGCUUGGGUGAGAAUAAAAUUUCCGGGCCUAUCCCACAAUAUAUUGGAAACUUAACAUCUCUCGUACGACUUUCUUUAAGGUCUUGCGAUUUCAGCGGAGAAAUUCCGGAAUCCCUUUCCCAACUUGUGAGACUAAGACUUCUUAAUUUGGGUGACAAUAAUCUCACAGGCACCAUUCCUUUAGGUUUGUUCAAUAUAUCUACUAUGGAAAAUAUUGGACUUGAUUUUAAUAAUCUUCAUGGAAUUAUUCCCUCUAAUAUAGGCUUAACUCUCCCUAAUCUAAGGUUACUAAGUCUAGGGAAGAAUCUAUUUAGUGGGAGGGUUCCGAUUUCAAUAUCGAACGCUACUUCACUCGAAGCAAUCGUGUUAUCGUACAACGAUUUUAGUGGGCCAAUGCCGAAUCUUGGAGGUCUUUCGCGGCUCAAUUCAUUAUUCGCCGCGAAUACCUCGAUUGAAGAUGAUAUCGGUUUCAUUUCAUCACUCACUAACUGCACCCAACUACGAGUUCUUGAUCUGACGAAUAACCCAUUAAUUAGUGGUACAAUCCCAGAAAGCGUCGGAAAUCUCUCUGUUAGCCUUUCUUAUUUAGGGAUUAGAGGUACUCAAGUACGUGGAAAAAUUCCGUCGGGUAUCGGAAACCUUGUCGGCCUCACUUCCUUGGAUCUUUCGAGCAAUUCUCUCGAGGGUUCGAUUCCUUCGAGCAUCGGAAAACUUAUCAAUCUGAAUAUUCUAAACUUGGCGGAAAAUAGAUUUACGGGUGAGUUACCGUCUUUAUUCGGAAACUUGAGUUUGAUUACUAAAUUAUAUUUAACGAGAAACAACUUUUCUAGUGCUAUUCCUAAGAGUCUCGGUAACUGCACAAACAUGCUAGAGUUAGAUCUUUCAAGAAACAACUUCAACGGCACCGUACCUCGAGAGAUUCUUAUUUCCACCAUUUCUAUUUCAUUGAAUCUAUCUUACAAUGCACUCACGGGUCCGAUUCCGGUUGAAGUUGGAUCUUUGACAUCCGUGGCAAACUUGGAUUUCUCCAACAAUAGAUUGUCGGGACUUAUUCCCGACAAUUUAGGAAAGUGCGUUAGCUUGGAACAACUUCACCUCGAGGGCAAUUUACUUGAAGGACACAUACCUCAAGGCCUAAGUUCUUUGAUGGGCUUAACAAAUUUGGAUCUUUCACAAAAUAAUUUGUCCGGGACAAUCCCGAGUUUCCUUGAUUUGCUACAACUCCAACAAUUGAAUUUAUCUUUCAAUAGCUUCCAAGGACAAGUGCCGACGACCGGAGUGUUUAAAAAUAAGACUGCAAUUUCCCUGCAAGGGAACAAUGAAUUGUGUGGAGGAAUUCUUGAGUUGGACCUUCGUCCUUGCACUUCAUCAUCGGUUUCCACGAUGAAGAAGAUCUUACCCACUCUCGUAAAAAUCGUGAUCCCAAUAGCUGGAGUUGCAGCACUACUGUGCCUCAUCGUUUUUCUCUACAAGAGAAGAACAACGAAAAAAAAUACAUCUUCUCCACCAUCGUUGAAUGGAAUUCCUUUCUUGAGGCUUUCAUAUGCCGAUCUACUUAAAGCAACGGGAGGAUUCGCCGAAACUAGCCUAGUCGGUGUUGGAAGUUUUGGAUCUGUCUACAAAGGCAUUCUCGACGACGGGAUGAAAACUAUCGCCGUUAAAGUGCUAAAUCUUGUCGUGCGAGGGGCAUCUAAGAGCUUCAUGGCGGAGUGCAAUGCGCUAAGAGACAUAAGACACAGAAAUCUCGCGAAAAUAUUGAGUGUUUGUGAAAGCAUAGACUUCCAAGGAAACGACUUCAAAGCGAUCGUCUACGAGUUCAAAACUAACGGGAGUUUAGAUAAAUGGUUGUACUACAACCGUGAACAAGAACAAGAAUCGGACGCACAGCUUAGAAACCUGGACAUGGUUGAGAGGCUCAACAUUGCCUUCGAUGUUGCUCAAGCGCUCGAAUAUCUCCAUUCGGGUACAGAGUCAACAAUUGUUCACGGCGAUCUGAAGCCGAGUAAUGUUCUUUUGGAUCAAGAUAUGGUGGCUUGUGUCGGUGAUUUCGGUCUAGCCAAAAUUAUUUCAAGCAUACUUCCAACACAAGAAAGCAGUAACACAAUCGGAAUCAAGGGUACCUUCGGUUACGUUCCACCAGAGUAUGGCAUGAGUAACUCGAUCUCGACUAAAGGGGAUGUGUAUAGCUACGGUAUUCUUGUUUUGGAGAUGUUCACGAAUAAAAGACCAACCGAUGAUUCGUUUAACGAACAUGUCAAUCUCCACAAUUUCGUUAAUGCGGCGUUUCCUGAUCGUAUAAUGGAAAUUGUGGAUCCUCACAUUGGAAAAGGCUCGCACGAGAAUAAUAGUAAGAUCGAGAAAUGUGUGUCUUCUAUUAUGAGAAUCGGGUUGUCGUGUUCGAAAGAAUUGCCGAGCGAUAGGAUGUCCAUGAAAGAUGUUGUUAAGGAAUUGCAUAAGAUUAAAAAAGAACUAUCUAGCUAGUCGAAGAACAGAGCUGGGAUUCCUUUUUCUUGUGUUUUUUUUUUUUUUAAUUAUUACUUCAUAUUGUAAAAGUUUCAAGUUUGAUUAUAAAAUUUGUAAUUUAAUUUCUUUGAGUUUCAAUGUUUGACUAAAUAUAUUUAGUAGCUUUACUUGUUUUCUCCUCACAACACGGAGAACA